CUGAUCAGGAGCCGCUUCAUCAUCACCGUCAUUACUGUCAGCUCCGCCAUCACCAUCAUCAUCAUCAGCACCGGGAGCGGAGCGGAGAGAGAGGGAGGCAGCGAGGGCGGAGCAGCCGCUCUCUGUGGGCUUAAAAAGUUGAGGAGGAUCCGGUUUAUUACCGGAGCACCGGAGGGGACUCGGACCGUAUCCUUCCCCCACCCCGCUGACACGGACGCGGUGUCUCUGGAUUCACCGGGAAACCCACCCGCCGUGGUUCUGGAUGGAUUCGUUCUGGAUUCCGGGUCAAUAACGGUCCUGCUUUUUUUUUGUUCAUCACCCAGAACCUGAUGUCCGGUGCUGUGACGGAUAGAUAAAUACUUUGUUCUUAAUUAUGUUCCGGUGUUUUAACGGUUCGGCGGGUUGGUGACUGUUCCCUGGAGGAUUUACGGUGAUCUUAACGGAUCAAUAACGGAUUUUCAGACGCGAGUCCGGUCCGGCGGCUUUCCCGAACGACUUUCACCGAGCUGUGCCGGGUCCAACGGAUCCCUGGACGGCUCCUCGGUGACCGGCGUCUGGCCUCCGCUUCCCCCCGGGGACUGAGGAGGAGGCGAACCGCAGGCAGCACAGCAGGUGUCAGGGAGGGAAUGUUCCCGGGACUGGACAGGUCUGCCGCCCCGGAGGGACCGAAGAUUACCGAACGCUUCCGAACGAACCCAACGGCGGGAAAACGGGAGAAGUUCUCCGAGGAUUUUAUUUCUUUAAAAUUAGCACAUUUUUAUUGAGCAGGAACGUUUAAUGCUCAAUGGGACUCAACGACAGCAGCCCCGGCGCCAUGCGGAACGGCCGCGGCCUCUCCGACCAAUGGGCAGAGUCGGUGGUGGUCCGGCCUCGAACCACAGAGCGCCACAUCACGGUGCACAAGCGUCUGGUUCUGGGCUUCGCCCUGUCCAUCAUCACCCUCAUCAUCGUUACGGCAGUGGCCGUGGCGCUCAGCGUUCGCUUCGAUGAUUGCGGUGGACGGGAUCGCGGUGGAGGCAGAGGGGAGACGGGUUCCAGAGGGUCCGGAGGGUCGGGAAGACUCAACGGGAGCAGAGGGGAGAGGAUGGGAGACAGAGGGGAUGAAGAGGUGGUCCAGCCAUGGAAAAACUCUCGGCUUCCGGGGUCAGUGAGGCCACGGCACUACGACCUGCGGCUUGCCGUCUACAUGGACAACUUCACCUUCUCUGGAGAGGUCAGCAUCGAGCUGGAGUGCGUCAACGCCACCAGGUUCAUCGUGCUGCACGCCGACCGCCUCGAGGUGGACCGGGUUUCCGUGGCAGCAGAGAGCGGCGCCGGCGGCCGGGCCGCCAACAGGCCGGGGGGCGGAGUCAUGCGCGUCCACCGCCACUUCCCCUUCCCGGCCAAUCAGAUGUACGUGGUGGUUCUGCACCGCGAGCUGAAGCCCGGCAGGCUGUACCGGCUCAAUGUCAGCUUUGACGCCGCCAUCGAGGACGAGCUGCUGGGAUUCUUCAGGAGCUCCUACACCCUGCAGCGGGAGAGACGGUACCUGGCAGUGACCCAGUUCAGCCCGAUCCACGCCCGGAAGGCCUUCCCCUGCUUCGACGAGCCCGUCUACAAGGCCACCUUCUCCCUGAGCCUCCGCCACGACUCGCAGUACACGUCUCUGUCCAACAUGCCGGUGGACAGCAGCUGGCCGGACGAGGACGGCUGGGUGACCGACCGCUUCGCCCGGACGCCCCGCAUGUCCACCUACUACCUGGCCUGGGCCGUCUGCAACUUCACCUACAGGGAGACGCAGACCAGCGGCGGCGUGGCGAUCCGUCUGUACGCCCGGCCGGACGCCGUCUCCAGCGGCGCGGGCGACUACGCUCUGCACAUCACCAAGAGGCUGCUGGGAUUUUAUGAGGACUACUUCAAAGUGCAGUACUCCCUGCCGAAGCUAGACCUGCUGGCGGUGCCCAAACAUCCCUACGCCGCCAUGGAGAACUGGGGCCUCAGCGUCUUCGUGGAGCAGAAGAUCCUGCUGGACGCCGACGUGUCGUCGUCGUCCUACCAGAUGGAGCUCACCAUGGUGGUCGUCCAUGAGAUCUGCCACCAGUGGUUUGGUGAUCUGGUGACGCCGGUGUGGUGGGAGGACGUCUGGCUAAAGGAAGGCUUCGCUCAUUUCUUCGAGUACGUCGGCACAGAUUUCCUCUUCCCAAAGUGGAACAUGGAGAAGCAGCGAUUCCUGACCGAUGUUCUCCACGAGGUGAUGCUGCUGGACGGACUCAGCUCCUCCCACCCCAUCUCUCAGGAAGUGGAGCAGGCGGCCGACAUCGACCGCGUCUUCGACUGGAUCGCCUACAAGAAGGGGGCGGCGCUGAUCCGGAUGCUGGCGAACGUGAUGGGGCAGCCGCUGUUCCAGAAGGGACUCAACGAUUAUCUCCUGAGUCACAUGUACAGCAACGCCGCCAGAGACGACCUUUGGAGUAAACUAACUCAGGCCAUGCGCUCAGAAGGGCGGGACAUUGACAUCGGAGAGAUGAUGGACAGAUGGACUCUACAAAUGGGCUACCCUGUCGUCACCAUCAGCAAGAACCAAUCAGAGCAGCUCUCCACCCAUUACAUCAAGGUCACCCAGGAGCACUUCCUGUACGGAGAGGAAGUCAGAAACAACCUCAGUUUACAGUGGCAGGUCCCAUUGACCGUCGCCGUGGGAAACGCGUCCACGGUCUGCCUGGAGAGCCUCAUCUGGAUCAACAACAGGACAGAAAACCACAGGAUUGGUCAGAUGGAUGACAGCACCUGGUUGCUGGGAAACAUCAACCAGACCGGCUACUUCCGCGUGAACUAUGACCUCCAGAACUGGAAACUACUCAUUCAGCAACUUCACAACAAUCCUCAGAUCAUUUCUGUUGGAAACAGAGCAGGUCUCAUCGACGACGCCUUCAACCUGGCCAGGGCGGGGUACCUCCCACAGGGCGUUCCCCUGCAGCUGAUUGGCUACCUGCCAGAGGAGACGUCCUUCCUGCCGUGGCACGCCGCCAGCCGGGCGCUGUACCAGCUGGACAAACUGUUGGACCGCACAGACGACUACAGGCUGUUCAGCGAUUACGUGCUGAAGCAGGUGGCGUCCCGGUACCAUCAGAUGGGCUGGCCGACAAACGGACCGGGAACAGAGGGAAACAUCCUGCAGGCGUCGUACCAGACUGAAGAGCUGCAGCGGGAGCUCAUCAUGCUGGCCUGCAGCUUCGGCAACAAGCAGUGCCACCGCCAGGCCGUCGCCUACAUCUCCGACUGGAUCUCCAGCAACAAGAACAGGAUUCCUCCCAACAUCCGGGACAUCGUUUACUGCACCGGGGUCAGCCUGAUGGACGAGGACGUGUGGGAGUUUAUCUGGAUGAAGUUUCACUCCACCAGCGCCGUCUCAGAGAAGAAGAUCCUGCUGGAGGCGCUGACCUGCUCCGACAACACCUUCCUCCUCAACAGGUUACUGAACCUGUCUCUGACCUCCGACCUGGUCCCCGAGCAGGACGUGAUCGACGUCAUCAUCCACGUUGGACGAAACCCGCAAGGUCGGAACCUGGCCUGGAAAUACUUCAGAGACAAGUGGGAGAUCCUGAACGCCCGAUACGGAGAAGCUUUGUUCAUGAAUUCAAAACUCAUCGGUGGAGUCACAGAGUUCCUGAACACGGAGAGAGAACUCAAUGAGUUAAAGGAGUUUAUCCAGUCCAGCGGCGUGGGGGCGGGGCCUGCGCUGCCCCGAGCGUUGGAAAUCGUAGAGGGGAACGUCCGUUGGCACCGCCUCCACCGGCGGCACUUCUACCAGUGGCUUCGUAAACCUCCAAGCUCCACCUACGGCUAACGCUCCGCCGGCUCGCUGGAGCGAAGCUAACUGCACUCUGACUGCUAGGCUAAUGCACUUCUAGCUAACGGACGUACUCAAAACUGGCCUGACUGGUUAAUGAGCUGGUUUCUGAACUGGUUUUGUUUUAAAAGAAGUUUAAUGUGUUCAUCGAUGGUGUUUCUCAACAUGAAGCCCUUGUGGUCAAAUUGUGCUGUAAAAACGUGACAACAGUUGAUCCAGGCAUGGGUUAGCUAGCCUCAGAUUUUAUAUCCAUCAACAAAAUAACAACCAACUUCAACCAACAAACUGAAACAACAAAAACUUCGGAAUUUAAAGAAAACCGGGAUGUUUGGCCAACUAUACCCUUAAGCUCUUUGCAUAUGUUUUAUGUCUUUACAUUGAAAAAAAGUAAACUGAUUUCUAACAUCUUGAAUUUAAUUAAACAUAAGUCAUAUAAGUGAUAUAAAGUUUAAAUGGUAAAUCUGUGGGGAGGUGAACUGUUGAAACCUUUUGUUUUUAGAGGUGAUUAAAAUAAAAAGGUAAAUUUAUAUUGAUAUUAUUAUGGCAGGUGUGCAACAUUGGUUUUGGUUUUUUCCUUUGUGAAAAAUUCAACCCUCUUUAUAUUUAGGAAACAGACACAAAAUAGAUACUAACAAAAAUUUAUUUUACUUUGAGUUUCUUAGUUUUGUUUUUUUAAAUCAGUUAUGAGCCUACAGAAACAAACACAAACGCAUCUACGACAACCUCUUAAUGUUUUUUAUACGAUACACAAAAACCUUUUCCUGGCUGAAUUUCUUUACAACUGUGUGCAAAAAAUUUUUUAAAAUUAUUGAUUUUGUUGUCUGGGAUUCUAAAUUAAGUAAGGGAGUGAUAAUUUGGAUAUAUAAAUGCAAGUUGGUGAAAUUAAACAUAAUUGGGUUUAAUUUUAAAUCACUAGAUGGCAGCAGAGGAUUUCUGCCAGAGGACUGUGUGAAAUAUGCAUCUACAGGCAUUAGUGGGAUAUCUACGCUACGUUAGCCGCAUUAACACCGGGAGUAAUUUGAGGCAAACAAUCUUAAUAGAUGGAAAAAUAAACAAUUCAUUUGCAGAGGAUCUAUCAAUGACACGAGUAAAAACAAAAUACUUUUAACAUUUCAGUUUCCAAAUGUCUUAAUCAGAAAAAUCUAACCGAGUUGCUGUGGAUCUUAGAAAGGUCUGAAACCUCUCAAAAUUAGCAGCAAGUUUAGAACUUUAACUGACCAAUCAGAACAAAGGAGCUCAUCAGACCACCAGGGUGGGCCAAUCAGAACAAAGGAGCUCAUCAGGCCACCACUGUGGGCCAAUCAGAGCAGACGGUUCUUAACUUCAAAGUUCUCACUGAGCUAAACAUCUAAAAUCAAGUUUAACCUGAAAACAUUGUGAACAAACAACAUUUUUGUCUUUAGAAUGAGAAACCUUUCUGUGUGAUAGAAAGCCAGAGAUUCAGUUAAAAUCUGACUUUUAUUUGUUUUCUUUAUUUAACCAGCUUUAAUUUGAAGGCAUGUCGAUCGCUGCUGUGAUUAACACGGUUUGAACCAGGCCUCCUCUGUUCAGAAAACUCAUUCAGACUCAUUACCGCUUCGCAGCAUUCACACUGACGCAGCUUGAAGUCAAAGAGCAAAAACUCCAACAGUUUGAGGUUUUCGUUGCUUCAGAACGAGAAACGAAACAACAAAAAAAUAAUAAAGAUGACAACAGCUUGAACACUUCGAGCCCCACAUGUGCAGGAAUAAUUGUUCUCUGAUGAGCGACGAUGUUCUGGUCGGUCUUUUGUUUUAAUGAGCUGCAGAAUGUUUGAAGAUUUCAAAGAGAAAACAAAAAUGGCUGCAACAUGAAAGACACAAUGCUGUCAGGCAUUUAGUUCUGGCAGGUUGGAAAAUAACAGGUUUGACAAACAUUUGAAGUCUAAAUGUCUGACAGCAUUUUACGACAAAGCUAUUAAUUAUACAUGAAAGUCUCAAUUUUCACCCGUUUUUCUGUUUAAGGCCGAGAUCAAUAUUCCGUUUAUAAAUUCAGACAUGUUUAGUUAGAGGUGAAAAUCCCUCAUUAUGAAGAUCUUCCAACAUCUGACUUUAAUCUGGUCCUGUUUCAUUUCCUAGUGAAACCCCAAGAAUAAAACUCUUAUUUCUAAUAGUAUUAAUUCACUGAUGAUCAAAUACAUAUUUAGUGCAUUUUUGAAUCUCUAACAUCUUUACCAACUCAUGUUGUUUUUCUGGCCUAAAAUGGAGGAUAAAAUCUGCUGACUCAGCUGAUCCAGGUUAAAACUUUGGUUGUUUUUUAUGGAGAUGAUGUUGCUUUUUACAGCAGAUUUCUUAUGUUGACGACGGACCAGAUUGGACAUGAUUAUGGACAACUGUUUGGACUGUUUGGACUGUUUGGACUGUUUGGACUUUGAGACCACGCCCUGAUGGACCUCAGAGUUCGGCUUCCCCAGUUUGUCGGACGGUUCUGUGGACUUUGGACAUAUCUGGUUGUCUUCAGCGCGGUGGAGUCUUUGGACGCAUUUUUGGAACAAAUCACGAACUUUACUUGGAUUGUACCGUUUAUUUUGCUCUGGAGAAACUAAACUUUCCGACGGAUCUUGACAGAACAUUUUCAGAACCUCGGACCGGAGAAACUUUUCGAAGUUGUUCCUCUGCUGCUUGAUCCAGCUUUGAUGUUCAUAACUGAGCCAUAUACGAAUGAACGGGCCUGCCUCCUUCUGUACAUCGUGUCCAGUGAUGUGUGAGCGUGAUGAAGAUGAUGAUGAUGAUAAUGGGAACGGCAGAAUGAGGGCGGCUAAUUAUGAUUCUGGUCAUUAGAAGCUCUAAUUGGAUCAGGAGGAAAGGCAGAGCGAAUGACGGCGGCUGAGAUAAUUGUUGACGACGUGACAAAAGCUAAUUACUGUGUGCAUUAUCAGCCGUUAACGUCCAGUCAGGGAAAUCGGGUUUACAGGCAUUAAAAGCACACCACAUGUACAGUAAACACUGUAAAAUAUACAAAUGUGAUAUUUAAAGAGAAAGUGCAAUCUGAAACUGUUUGUGUUGGUGAAAAUGGUGUUUAUGAUGACUGAAGGCGCACGAUCAAAAUCUGAAAGAAACAGGAAGUUGCAGGCAAUAUUUUAGCCCUACUUCCUGUUUACAUUGUGUUGGUUUCUUGUGUUGGACCGUAUUAAAACAAAAACAACAAAAACUA